AUGCUUGAGAACAAGAUUCCGCUACGCGUGAUGCUGGUCACAUAUCUGUCAUACCUGAUUGUUGUUCUGCUCGGCCACGCCAAGGAUACAUUUGGAAAGAUAUUCUUCCCCAAGGUAUAUAAGAAAUACAAACUGGACAACGGUAAGCCGCCUCUGUACAGCAGCUUUGAAAGCUUCUUCAGCCGUAGAAUAUUCAGGAGAGUUAGAGAUUGCUGGGAGAGGCCCAUUGUUGGAGUUCCAGGGAGGCAUGUGACGGUCAUGGAGAGGAUAUCCGACGACUAUAACGAAAGCUUCCGACUCACGGGAAGGAGGCUGAAGCUGCUCAAUUUCGGAUCCUACAACUACCUUGGAUUCAGCAGCAACAAGGGCCCUGUUGUGGAGAAGGUCGUCAAGGCUGUGUACAGGUAUCCCCUUGUGCUGGCGGCACCCGCAAGGGAGGUGGGAUGCUAUGACAUAGCCAGGGAGCUGGAGGAGGAGAUGGCAUCCUUCUUACAUCAGGAGGACUGCAUGGUGUUUUCCAUGGGAUAUGGCACGAACUCCUCAAACAUACCCGUGAUAUGCGAGGAGGAAACGCUCAUCCUGUCUGACGAGCUCAACCAUGCAUCGCUGAUAACGGGGGCAAAGAUCAGCAGAGGAGUCAUAAGGGUGUUUGAGCAUAACAACAUGGAGGACCUGGAGAGAAAGCUUGUUUUCAACAUCUCGCAGGGACAGCCUUUGACGCACAGGGCAUGGAAGAAGAUCAUAGUGAUUGUAGAGGGAAUAUACUCGAUGGAGGGAACGGUUGUGAAGCUGAGAAGGCUGGUUGAGUUGAAAAGAAAGUACAAGUUCUACAUAUUUGUCGACGAGGCACAUUCGAUAGGAGCACUGGGGGCCACCGGGAGGGGAGUCUGCGAGCAUACAGGGGUGGACUUCACAGAGGUUGACAUUCUGAUGGGGACGUUUACAAAGUCGUUUGGAGGCAUGGGAGGAUACAUAGCAGGCUCGAGAAAGCUGAUAACAUGGUUAAGGUUUUACAGCGAUAUGUCUCUUUAUGGAGACCAGCUACCUCCACUUGUGUGCUCGCAGGUGCUGGAAAGCCUGAGAUGCAUAAAGUUUACGGAGCUUGGAAGGAUGAAGAUCGAGAAGCUUAGGUCCAACACGGUGCUCAUGAGGCAGAGCCUUGUAAGUGCAGGGUUUUUCGUGCUUGGGGACGAGUUCUCGCCGGUGAUCCCUGUUCUGAUACUCUGUCCUGGAAAGGUAGCCGAGUUUUCAAGGCGCUGCAUGAGCGAGGGAAUCGGGGUCGUUGUUGUAGGGUAUCCAGCCACGCCUAUACUGACAAGCAGAGCCCGACUGUGUGUCUCUGCCUCGCACACCACAGAGGAUGUGAUGAGAGCAUUCGAGGUUAUCGAUAGGAUUGGAGAAGAGCUGGGGAUGAAGAUCUGCAAGUGA